AUGGCGGCGGCGGCGGAGGAGGCGCGGCUGCUGGCCUGGCUGCGCGGCCCGGCCGCGGGGCCCGCCGGCCCCGAGCUCGCCGCCUACGUGUCGGAGCUGGCGGCGCUGGGGCUGGCGGAGCUGGGCCGGGAGCCGGCGCGGCUCGCGGCGGAGCGGGAGCGGGUCGGGGCCGAGACGCGCCGCCUCGCCUUCGAGCACUACCGCGCCUUCAUCCGCUCCGCGGAGUGCACCGGCCGCGCCGGCCGCGGCUUUGGCGGCAUCGAGAGCCGCCUCGGCAGCCUGCUGGAGCGGCUGCCCGCGCUGCAGGACGCCUGCCGGACCUUCAUGCGCGAUGCUGAGGCGAUCGCCUGCAGCCGGCGGAUGAACAGCCUGACCCUGAACCGGCACACGGAGAUCCUGGAGAUCCUGGAGAUCCCGCAGCUCAUGGACACCUGUGUCCGCAAUGGCUACUACGAGGAGGCACUGGAGCUUGCAGCCUACGUGCGCCGGCUGGAGAGGAAGCACAGCAGCAUCCCUGUGAUCCAGGGCAUCGUGGAGGAGGUGCGCCAGUCUGCCCAGCUGAUGCUGAACCAGCUGAUCCAGCAGCUCCGCACCAACAUCCCGCUGCCGGCCUGCCUGCGCGUCAUCGGCUUCCUGCGGCGCAUGGACGUGCUCACCGAGGCUGAGCUGCGCGUCAAGUUCCUGCAGGCGCGUGACGCGUGGCUGCGCUCCAUCCAGGCCUCCAUCCCUGACCACGACCCCUACGUGCACAUCACCAAGACCAUCGAGGCCUGCCGGGUGCACCUUUUCGACAUCAUCACCCAGUACCGCGCCAUCUUCUCGGACGAGGAGCCACUGGUGCCAGCCGAGGGCACGGUGCCUGCCGAGGGGGCCAUCUUCCACGGCUGGGUGCUCCAGAAGGUCUCUGAGUUCCUGCAGACACUGGAGCGCGACCUGGACCGUGGGGUCGGCAGCCGGCUGGACUCGCUGCUGGGGCAGUGCAUGUACUUUGGGCUGUCCUUCAGCAGGGUGGGCGCGGAUUUCCGCGGGCAGCUGGCCCCCCUCUUCCAGCGUGUGGCUGCUGAUACCUUUAGGAAGGCAGUGGAGGAGGCAGUGGAGAAAUUCCGGGAGGAGAUGAAUUCCUACACACUGAUCUCUGCGCCAGCCGUGCUGGGGGGUGGCGCGGCAGUGCUGGUGCCCACGGCCCAGCCCGGGACACUGCAGCCCCCCAUGGUGCUGCUGGACUUCCCUCCCCUUGCCUGUUUCCUCAAUGGCCUCCUCGUUGCCUUCAACGACCUGCGGCUCUGCUGCCCCAUCGCCCUGGCACAGGAUGUCACUGCCUGUCUGGACAGUGCCCUUGGGGAGGUGACCAAAACCAUCCUGGCCUUCCACCGUGCGGAGGAGGCAGCUUUCAGUGGGCGGGAGCAGGAGCUCUUUGCCCAGUUCUGCACGGCCUUCCUGGAGGACCUGCUGCCUUACCUGAACCGCUGCCUCCAAGUGCUUUUUCCUCCAUCGCAGAUCGCACAGGCACUGGGUGUCCCCCCCACCCAGCUGCAGCGUUUCGGCCGCCUGGGCCGCAUCGACGUGGCCGCGCUCAGGGAGCCGCUGGCUUUCCUGCUUCCACCGGCACCAAGCGAGGAGGAGCCAGCCCAGGAGACCACCCUGUGCCCGGAGGGGGAAAUCGCGACCGUGCCCACCGAGCCCCCGGAGAGUCCCCCCGAGGGGGCUGUGCUGCCAGGUGACCCAGUGGCCACGGGGUAGCCGGAGAGCGGCGCGGUCGGGCCGU